AUGGAACAAAUCUAUGUUUUAAAAUGUAAAAACAAUAAAUAUUAUGUUGGAAAAACAUCAAAUAUUGCUCGACGAUUUAGUGAGCAUUUAAAUGGGGAAUACGGCAGUGAAUGGACAAAACUUUAUAGACCUUAUGAAAUGAUUGAACAUGAAAAUGUCACCAGUGAUUUUGAUGAAAUGAAAAAAACAUUAGAGUAUAUGAAAAACUUCGGUAUAGAUAAUGUGAGAGGUGCACAAUGGUCAAAUAUAAAUUUAACAUCGAUACAACGAGACACUAUAAGGCAAGCAAUGAAUACAGAUCGAUGUUAUACUUGUGGAGAAGCUGGACAUUUCUCGAGCAAUUGUAAUGUUCGAAAUCAGUCCAAUCGUAUUUCACCAACAGUACGAUGCUUUUCAUGUGGAAAUUAUGGUCAUUAUGCCAAUAACUGUAACUUUAAUCGUAAGACAAUGAGAUGUGACCGAUGUGGUAGAGAUUCACAUUUGGAAGAUAAUUGUUAUGCUACUUUCGAUAUAGAUGGUCGACAGUUAGAUUGCGCUCGAUGUGGCCGAGACUCACAUAAUGUCAACGAAUGUUACGCCACAUAUGAUAUAGAUGGACGAAGAAUAAAUUGA